AUGCGCUGGACAUUGCUGCUCGUUUCAUUUACUUGCGCUUUUGGAUACGUGUUCGAUUGCUUGGAUAAAUGCGAAUGUGACACAGAGGAUGAGGUUGUACAUUGUCAUAAUGGUGAUCGUACACAGUUGACGUUACCACACGGACAACGACUACGUGGUUUUCCUGUCAUUGGUUUGACGUACAACAAUAUUGUUCGUCUACCAGAUGAGGCUACACUCCUAAACAAAUUUCCCGAUUUAAAAGUGAUUGACGUGGAAAGAAAUCCAAAUUUCGAUUGUGAUUCCUUGACCGAGUAUGAUCGUGUGAAAAUUGUGUCGGAUUGUUUCAAGAAUGUUUCCGAGAUCAGCCGAGUGCCGAGGAUUUAUCGACCAACUCGAGACUGUGACUUCAGCUGCCAAGCCGCAAAGCAUUACGCAAAAUUGCACGAAUAUGUGCUUCAUCUUUGGGAGAUUAUCAAGCAGAAAUACAACGAUUUUGAUAUGGAUGCCACUCUACAACAAGUACAGGAAUUCUUCAAAGAGAUCGUACGUCGUGUGAAUCAAUUCGGUACUGACGUGCAAGUAAAUCUGAAGAAGGUCACCGAGAAAAGUCGAAAUUCGGAUGAGAUCACUCCAAUGACAGAGCUACAAGACGCCGAGAAAGAGGAUUAA